AGUAUUAAAUUAAUGACUCCAAAAUCUAGUAAACCUAAUUAAAAAUCCUUAAAAAAUCAAAUUAAGGCAAACAACUCCAUCAUCUUUCAUACUCAAUCAAACCACCCCACCACUGCCCACUCAGCAGUUUGGACUAAAAAGAGAAAAAAAACCUCUCCCUGUGGUUUCAAUCUGUGUCCACCCACCAAUUCGAUCGCGUAGGUUUUUAUUUUUUUCUUCUCUUUUCUUUUUUUUUUUUUUGUCAUUUCUGCAAAUCAGACGACACCGAAGCGGCAAAAGAACGCAGGUUGAUUGUCCGCUUUCGCAAUUUCUACGAACUUUUUGAGGACUCACUACGAAGAAUCCCACCCAAAUGGAAUUUAAUUAAAAACCUAUACGACAUUUUCUUGUUAAAGGAAGCUAGGUUUUUUGUUUUUUUAUCCUCUACGGCUGAAUUUUUUUAUUUUCAAGUUUCUUAGUCAGUCCGGUUGGUCUGAUCUGGUCAUGGAUUCGCGAGAUUCGUCAUCGUCGUCGGCUCCGAACCGAGAUGGUACCGCAGGCGACGACGACGGCGUCCUCUCCGUCACUUCCGCACUCGCUAAAGACGCCGCUCUUCACUUCCAGUCUGGAAAGUUUGUCGAGUGCGUCGAUAUCUUGAAUCAGCUGAAGCCGAAGAAAGAAGACGAUCCAAAGGUUCCUCAUAAUAUUGCAAUUGCGGAGUUUUUUCGGGAUGGUUGCUCAGAUCCAAAGAAGUUGCUUGAAGUCCUUAACAAUGUCAAGAAAAGAAGUGAGAAGGUUGCUUAUGCCUCUGGGGAACAGGUUGAGUCUGGUAGCAAUGUUGGAAAUAAAGUUACUUCAGGUUCAAAAGGAAGUGGUACAACUACACAUCAGUUUUCUGCUUCAAAUAGUGCCAGUAUUAUUUGCUCAGAUGAAUUUGAUUCCUCUGUGGCUGCUUUAAACAUAGCAGUCAUUUGGUUCCACCUUCAUGAAUAUGCUAAGGCAUUGUCAGUUCUUGAACCUUUGUUUCAAAACAUUGAACCAAUAGAUGAGACAACUGCUCUUCAUAUUUGCCUCUUGAUGCUGGAUGUUGCGCUAGCUUGCCAUGAUGCUUCGAAAUCUGCUGAUGUAUUGAAUUAUUUGGAAAAAGCAUUUGGCAUUGGCAAUGUGAGCCAAGGGGACAAUGGUAACAUGGUUGCCCAACAAUCCAUGAAUCUAGUUGGAAAAUUUUCUUCAGUUCCAAGCAGCACAUCGGUAUCAGAUGCUUCUACUUCCGAUUUAGUUGCUAGCGUAAAUGCCUUUGAGAACCCUCUAUCUAGAACUUUAUCAGAGGAACCACUGGAUGAAAUGUUUUCAGCACUGGAUAUUGGUGGACAGAACCUAUCUAGGCCUGCUGGUCUUGCAUCUUCAAAUGAUCUUCCCAGGACCACAGUUGAUAGAUCUAUCUCUGGUGUUGAUCUGAAGCUCAAGUUGCAGCUUUACAAGGUUCGAUUUUUGCUUCUCACUAGAAAUUUAAAGCUAGCAAAGCGUGAAGUCAAGCAUGCAAUGAACAUUGCUCGAGGGCGAGAUUCAUCUAUGGCUCUUCUCUUGAAGGCCCAGCUUGAGUAUGCUCGUGGAAACCAUCGAAAAGCCAUCAAGUUGUUGAUGGCAUCAAGUAAUCGGACAGAUGCAGCAAUUUCGAGCAUGUUUAACAACAAUCUAGGCUGCAUUUACUAUCAACUGGGGAAGUAUCAUACAUCUGCAGUGUUCUUUUCCAAGGCACUGAGUAAUUUUUCAUCUCUUCAGAAGGAGAGGCCUCUAAAGCUAUUAACAUUCUCACAGGAUAAAUCUCUCUUCAUAAUAUAUAACUGUGGAUUGCAGUACUUGGCCUGUGGAAAACCAAUUCUUGCCGCUCGUUGUUUUCAGAAGGCAAGUUUAAUUUUCUACAAAAGACCCAUAUUGUGGCUUCGGUUUGCUGAAUGUUGUCUAAUGGCUGUACGGAAAGGGCUUGUAAAAGGAAGUCAGGCUUCAUCAGAGAGAUCAGAAAUCAGAGUCAGUGUUAUUGGAAAGGGUAGAUGGAGGAAACUUCUAAUUGAAGACGGAAUUUCAAGAAAUGGACUCGUAGGUUCUGUUGAAAAGGAUGAUUGGGUUUUAGGUGGUGGUGAUGGGCAGCCUAAGCUUUCAUUACCCCUUGCUAGGCAGUGUCUCUACAAUGCACUGCACUUGUUGAACAGUUGUGAGUGGAGUAAUUCAAAGUCUGUUUUACUCUCCAAUUCAUCCUUUGAGGAGAAUAAAUUAAGUGAUGGGGCAUCUUCCAAUAACUCCAACAAUAAGAACUUACCUAGCAUCGAUGCCAAGAGUUCAACCUUGUCAGGAGGUCUAGUUAACUUAAACGGGGAUUUGAAAGAGCCUAAGGGGGGAGCUAAUCAGGAGAUUAUUCAGAACUCCAUUUCCUAUUAUGAAGAUAUUUGCAGAAGAGAAAAUCAGAUGAUUAAGCAAGCUCUUCUUGCUAACCUGGCAUAUGUAGAGUUAGAACUGGAAAAUCCUUUGAAGGCCCUCUCUGCAGCACGAUCUCUCUUAGAACUACCAGGUUGUUCAAGAAUUUACAUCUUUCUAGGUCAUGUCUAUGUGGCAGAGGCUCUCUGCUUGCUGAACAAACCCAACGAAGCUGCAGACCAUCUGUCCAUUUAUUUGUCUGGGGGAAAUAAUGUUGAAUUGCCGUUUGGUCAACAGGACUGUGAACAGUGGCGAGUGGAAAAACUUGUUGAUUGUGAAGAACCAAAUGGAGGAGCGGCAGCUGCCAAGAACCCUUCCCCUGAGGCCUUGCAGGAUUUCGUGUUUCUUAAUCCAGAAGAGGCACGUGGAACGCUUUAUGCUAAUCUUGCCACUGUUUUUGCAAUUCAAGGUGAGCUUGAGCGGGCCCACCAUUUUGUGAUGCAAGCAUUGUCCCUAGUACCCAACAGUAGCGAAGCCACUAUGACUGCAAUUUAUGUUGAUCUCGUGCUUGGUAAGUCACAAGAAGCUCUGUCCAAAUUAAAACAUUCUAAUCAUGUUAGGUUCCUUCCCAGCAGUUUACAGUUGAAUUAAUCCUCCGAUGGUUGGGGGGUGGUUCUAAUUCGAUCCUGUGUGGCGCAUCUUUCAGUUGCUAGUUAGCAGGUAGAUCAGCAAUCCUUUUAGAGGAUUUGUAUCAUAUAAUAUAGUUCAAUUCAGAUAAUAAGUUUCUGUUUUUUCUUUUUUUUUUUCCCUUUAAUUUUUUCCAUAUCUAGGGUUCAUUUUUCAGUGGUGUGGCUGAUUGUUUUGGUAAGAGCUGAAGCCCACCUGUGAAUUUGAGAUGUAGUUCUAAUUCAGGGUUUUUGUGUUUUAGUGGCAAAUCCCUCCCUCUGGUAUUUGAAGAAUAGAGAGAGAGAAUGAGAUUGAAAACGGAAUAGUUUUUGUUCAUUUUGGAUUUAAAGCCCAACUCCUUCAUUUCGAUGAGUUGUUGCCUUUGACUUACAAUUUUCUUAUUUCUUCAUUUUUUUUUCCCCUGUUGUGUCUACAAUUCCGAUUUUUAUCUCUGGAUAUUACCGUGGUGGAUGAUGCAUUAUGCAAACUGUUCAUGUGCUCACAAGUUAGUGUAUUGGCAACAGAGACAUACUUUUUGAUUUGUUUCAUUUGUCCAUUGGGACUAUUAAUUUCAAGCUAGGUUUAUCAUUUGGGGUUCCGAAACGAAACCUUUCGAUGGUAGAAAACAAUAAUAUGAAAUGUACGUUUGGGUUUCUGAUUUCCGAUGCGGCUCGCAUAUCUUUUUCCAAAGUCCGAAAUCCAAAAUCCAAUCCCUUUGAUUU